UUUGGCAUGAGUUCGUACUACAAUAGUAACAUCUUACCAAGUAGUGGGCCGACUGGAACCCCCCCAGGAGAAUUUUUUUACUCAACGACUCCUCCGGAGGGCAAGAUGGAACCUGGCCCACCCGCUUUUCAAACUUCGGUUGCAGCGGCCGUAUCGUCGGCUGGACAUCACCAAGCACAACAACAACAGCAACCUCCACAACAUCACCAUCACAUCUCCGCUUAUGAAAAUCACGAAUCUGCGGCAGCAUUUCCGCUCUCCAGUUAUUCAAGGUUCCCACCAUAUCAUGACAUGACCACAAAGGCAAACGCUUACUGUUUCAAUGGACCGGGUUACCAAAUGUCGUCUUAUCAGAACCAUUACACAAACGGAGGAGCGCAAAUAUACGACGACGGGAGUUUGAACCACUGUAAAGCCGUGGUCAACGUUGCUGAUAACUGUGGGGUCGGUGGGCCGCCACCGGGCUCGACGCUCCAACCACCACAGCUCAGUCCUUCAGCUCCCGGUAACCCAGUAAGCUAUGGAACUUCAAACGCAGGACUUGUAAACGGUAUGAAUCAACAAUCAAUGCCUGUAUACCCAUGGAUGAGACCAGUCAAUGGAGGUAAGUAAACAGAAUGCAACAAAACAAAACAAAA